CUCCAAGCCCGUUGCAACUUGCAAGCCAAUUCAAGGUCGAACCGCCGUUGCACCAGCUCCUCAGCCCUACGGAAAGCACGGCUGAAGCGCACCGUGUGAAUACCACUAAACCUAGCGCCUGAUCUGAUCCGCGCACGGUGCGCUUUCGCUCCAUGCUCUCUCCAGUCUGGGGGCAGGCAGCCCGACUCGCAGCGGCCGACGCGGGCGUCGCAUUUCCCGAAAACCGCAUCCCGUCAAAGCCAGAUCGCCCAGCCCGAGCAAAUGACCGGAAUAAUACACGAGACUAUAUGGAGCAAUCCCCUCUCACCCACCAGCCUCGCCCCGAGGUCUUCCAGCAGAAGAUAGUCCAGCUGUACGAGGCGCUUUUCAAGGACGACCGCGACGAUGGCGAGAAACCCGAGGGCUUCUGGCGCGAGUUCUUCCUGCUCCGCCCCGACCGGGCCUCGCUCCGGCGCAUCCUCGACGACAUAGGUCCGAACGACCUGCUCCACUACGAGCUGCAGACAGGGCAGCUCUUUGCGCGCGCCGUGGCGGCGCUGAAGAGCGGGCACGGCGUGGCGGAUCUGCACGCGCUCGAUACACUGAGCAUCUUCAUGACGGCCGUGCUGGCCAAGAAGUACACCAACCCGAGCUCCGACAUCAUCGAGGUGCUGGCCGGCCUCGACCACGUCGACAGCGUGUUUACCGAGUUUGUCGGCGCGCUAGACUCGAUCAUUAGGAAUGGCCGGACCUUGGAAUUACGGCUCAAGGCGGUCGAGGUCGCCCUCUCGGUCACGUCCGGCGCAUACCAGACCAGCUUGCUUACCUACUUUAUUCAGCGGGACCUGUUCCCGUCCAUCAUGAAGUUGAUACAAGACAUCGACAACCCAGCUGCGAUGGCGGCGCCGUUCACGCUGGUCGGGCUCCUAGCCAACUACAACAAGUUCGAGUUCCAGAAUCCGUACCAGAUGCGGCUGAACGAUUUCGUCAACGAGGGCGUCAUUAAGAAGAUCAUCAAAAGCGUCGGCUACACGUGCCAGACGAUACGGGCUCACUACGUGGAAGUACAGGACGACCUGCCAGAGGGAUGGACGCUAGCAAGCACGCUGAAUCUGAUUGGGCUGGGCGCCAUUGCCCCUGGGGGAAAGGCGCCGCCGAAGCCGGCCUACGACGCCGAGACGGCCAAGAAGAUGUUUGCCGAACUGCCGGUCGAAGAGGCUGCGAUUCUCCUCGCGACGUACGACUUCACGCACGCCAACAAGCUCUUUUGCUUCAACUUUGUCACGCUGCCGCCGGAAAAGGGCGAGGAGCAGCCGUUCGCAACCUUCAUCUCGCUCACCUCGUACCUGCUCCAGCACGCGCACCUCUCGCAGCGCACCACGCUCUACUCGCAUCUCAACCUCAUGGUGUUCCGGCUGCUCGUCGAAGACCCCGUGCUGUGCAAGCGGAUAUGCAGCGACGAGAGCAAGGCGGCGGUGCGCCUCUGCCGGCAGCGGUCGCCGUACCUCCCGCUGGUGCGUGGCGAGCGCGUCAUGGCCACGGCGGUCAUGGACACGAUGAUCGACGCCAUCAACCACAACCUGCGGCGGCGGCUCGACGUGGGGCUGUACACGCUCUGCGUGGGCAUCUUGCUGCGCAUCAUCAGCUACCUGUCGCGGUCGCGCACGCGGCUGCAGUACCACUGGGCCGACCUGUUCCGGUCGCUGCUGGCGCUGGUGCGCUUUCUCACGACGUACGCAGGCGACCUGCGCGGGCUGCCGCAGAUCGACGUGCUGCUCGACCACGUCGUCAACCUGCUCGCGCUCGGGCUGUCGGCCGGCGAGGCCUUCCUGCCUACGCCGGCCGCCUACGACGACCUCUUCUACAAGGUGGUCGAGUCGGGCGAGGUGCUGGUCAAGUUCCGCGACACGUACCGCCUGGUGCAUCGGCCCAGCAACUCCAUAUCGACGCUGGUGAACGUCAGCACGCACUACAAGGAGAUGCUGGCGGAGAGCGAGGGCGGCGUGGCCAAGCCCAUCGCGGGGAAGCGCUCGGGGUCGCAGCUGACCAGCCUCCAGGUCGCCGAGGUCAUCAAGCAGGGCUACGAGACGCUGAGCAUCCAGACCAAGGAGGGCCUCGACAGCUGGGAGAACUACCGCGAGGCUGACGAGCGCACGCUGCUCAAGAAGAUGGCCCGGGCGGCCGUGGCGGAUGUGCGGAUAAUGGUGGCCGAGUACGCCUGGGUGAGGCUGGAGUGAGGCAAGGCUGGAUGGAGUAAAGAUGUUUGUUCUUCGGAAGGGCCCUGGAAGGAGACGUCGUGGUCUGCUUCUCUUUCACAGGGCAAUAGAUGAUAUCUCAGCCUUUGCGUGUUGGAUGCGCGUCUUCCACGUAUAUAAUUCUAGUCGUGAUGGCCUGUCGCCUGUGUGGGAGCUUCGUUGUGGGUGUUUCGUUGCAAUACGCACCGGGAGCUUCGAUCUGAAAUUGCGCAGUUGCAGGGGCAUCCUGGCUCAGGCAAUCCGAAUGCAAAAUUGGGAUAGAAAAAGAGCAGGAAAAGAACCCGGAGUGGGAACCAGGCAGCCCAGGCAGUUUAAGUUUCUCAGUAUAAAUUGAAACCUAGCUUUUUCGUUGAA